UUCACCCAAUCGGUAUAUCUUCCAUAUUCUUUCUCUUUCCGAAGCAGACACAGCUACCAUGCCUAAACGCAGAGCAUCAACCCCACCCGUUGCAGAAAACGACGCCGUCUCAUUGCUCCCCUCCCAACGCAAAAAGACGAAGGGUUCUUCCCAUAAUCCAGCCGUUUGCUUCGUCGGAAAACCAAUUCCAGUCACCGAGGCCCGCGCCAAGUGGCCCCACCGUUAUUCCAAUGAGGGAAAAAAGAAGAAUUCAACCGGUAACAACUCAAGAGAGGCUCCGAAUGAGAACAAUGAGGUUAUGUUAGCCAAGUGUCAUUAUCGUCAGGCUAAAAUAGACGGUGCUGUGUUUAACCUAUAUGAUGAUGCUUAUGUCAAGGCUGAGGAUGGCAAACCUGAUUAUAUUGCACGAAUUGUGGAGAUGUUUGAAUCGGUUGAUAAUGAACCUUAUUUUAUGGCUCAAUGGUUUUAUAGAGCUGUGGACACAGUUAUAAAAGGUCACGGUGAUCUUGUGGACAAGAAACGGGUGUUCUUAUCCGAUAUAAAAGAUGAAAAUCCGCUUGACUGCAUUGUUUCAAAACUCAAGAUUGUUAAAUUAACCCCAAAUGUAGGUUUGACUACGGAGAAAAGGAAGAUUCCCCCUUGUGAUUAUUAUUACGACAUGAAAUACACUUUGCCGUACCUAACUUUUUCGAAUCUUGUCGAUGAAACAGAUAAAAGCGAGAGUGAUGCAUCAUCCACAGUUUCUAGUGAAUCUGGAUCUAGUGGCUGCUUUAAUGGUGCUAACCUAACUAAUGGAAAGACUAUUGAAAAGAACAGUUCCAAUUCGUCGGAGUGGACUUUGCUCGACCUUUAUUCGGGAUGUGGGGCAAUGUCGACGGGGCUUUGUUUGGGUGCAACCUUGGCUGGAGUCAAACUUGUCACUAGGUGGGCUGUAGAUAUCAAUUCCCAUGCAUGUAAAAGUUUGAAGCUGAACCAUCCGGAAACCCAGGUUAGAAAUGAACCUGCUGAAAACUUUUUGGAGCUAAUAAAAGCCUGGGCCAAACUUUGUGAGGAAUUUGGUUUGUUAGGAUCAGAACGUUCGGAGUCUGGUUCAGAUAUGGAGGAAGAUGAAAUCGACGAGGAAAAUGUGGAUGUGAAAAAGGAAGAGUCAGAAGAAGAUCAUUCCGACUCUGAGGAUUUUGAGGUUGAAAAGUUGCUCGCUAUUUGUCAUGGCGAUCCGAACAACGUCAAGAAACCAGGCCUAUAUUUUAAAGUGCGUUGGAUGGGUUAUGAUUCCAGUUACGACACAUGGGAGCCAAUGGAUGGAUUGAGCGAUUGCAAGGAUGCUUUGAAGGAUUUUGUGACAAAAGGGUACAAGAAGAAGUUAUUGCCUCUUCCUGGUGAUGCUAAUUUUAUUUGCGGGGGACCGCCGUGUCAAGGCGUAAGCGGUUUUAACCGCUUCAGGAACGCAGCAGCUCCAUUAGAGGAUAUAAAAAACAAGCAGUUGAUUGUUUACAUGGAUAUUAUUGAUUUUCUGAAGCCAAAAUAUGUCCUUAUGGAGAAUGUCGUUGACAUUUUGAAGUUUUCUGGUGGUUAUCUGGGCCGUUAUGCCAUUGGUCGACUUGUAGCUAUGAAUUAUCAAGCAAGAAUGGGCAUGAUGGCAGCAGGGUCUUAUGGCGUUCCACAAUUCCGUAUGCGCGUUUUCCUUUGGGGUGCUCGUCCUAAUGAGAAAUUGCCUCCAUAUCCGUUGCCAACUCACGAGGUCGUGUCAAGAGGUUUUGUACCCACUGAGUUUGAAGAAAUUACAGUAGCUUAUGAUGAUAAGGAAACCCGUUGUAAGCUGGGUAACGCCCUUUUACUUGAGGAUGCACUGUCAGAUCUCCCACCUGUUACAAAUGAAGAGAAGCAGGAUGAAAGGAACUAUGGAACUGCCGCUCGUACCGAGUUUCAGAAGUAUAUUAGAUUGAAGAAAAGCGAGAUGGUGGGUGGUACUAUGAGUAGUACUCAAAGCACUGCACGUCGAAUUCUGUAUGAUCAUCGUCCUCUGCAAUUGAAUCAAGAUGAUUAUGACAGAGUUUGUCGGAUUCCGCAAAAGAAGGGUGCAAACUUCAGAGAUUUACCUGGAGUAGUUGUGAAGGAUAAUAAAGUUGAAUGGGAUCCAUUGAUUGAUAGAGUGAUGCUAGACUCUGGGAAGCCUUUGGUUCCUGAUUAUGCAAUGACGUUUGUUCGCGGGACUUCCUCUAAACCAUUUGGCCGUUUGUGGUGGGAUGAGAUUGUGCCAACAGUCGUUACAAGGGCUGAGCCUCAUAACCAGGUCAUUCUACAUCCUAUACAAAACCGAGUACUAACAAUCCGAGAGAAUGCAAGACUACAAGGAUUUCCCGAUUGCUAUAAACUUUGUGGGCCUAUAAAGGAGAGGUACAUGCAAGUUGGAAAUGCUGUUGCUGUUCCUGUAGCUCUUGCAAUGGGAUACUCGUUUGGUUUGGCCUGCCAGGGAUUAUCUGAUGAUAAACCUUUGAUAACCCUUCCCUUUAAGUAUCCAAGUUGUCUGGCCAGUGCAACUUUUGCGGAGACCGAGAAUGAUGACCAAUCAAGUUGAGAAUGUUUCUUCCCCAACGUAAGACUCAGCCUACAUCGGAAAAACACCCAAAAUUUGUAUUAGUUGUAUGUUGUACUUUCAUUUUUGUCUAUCUAUUCAUGUAACAUUUGCUAUUUGCUAUAUUUACAAUAGCAAAAGAGCGCUGAGUCGUUUACACAGCUCAGAUUCAUUCCAACUGCUUUUAUUCAAUAUCUUAAUUUAAUAUAUUAUUAUUAUUAUUA